AUGAAGCAAUGCAUCAUGAUACCCAAAGAGAAUAGAAAGAUACUCAAAGUUGCACUGGGUGAUCAUGAAUUAACAGUCUGUGAGAUAUUGAGCAGACUCCCGGCCAAAUCACUUGUAAGGUUCAAGUGUGUAUGCAAAAAUUGGGAAUCUUUGAUUCAAAAAGAUCAACUCUUCAGUGAUUUACACUUCAACCGGUCACAGACACACAGUUGUAGUGGUACUACCUCCCUUCUCAUCUGGGUGUCAUCUCUAUGGGAUAGGACUGAACGUAACGAACGGUGUUUGUUAUCCGCGGAAUUACUACUCCCAUAUGAUAGCAGCGGUGAAGGAGGAGGAGCAUCUGUUCAGAGGAAAAUACCUCUCAAUAUAGGAGUUAAUCCUGUUUCUGGAGUAAGCAUGCUCAAUAUUGUCAAUGGUUUGGUUUGUCUUAUAGACGGCGAUUCACAUUCUACUUGUGUAUUUAACCCUAGCACCAGAGAAUCAACACCCUGGAUCAAGUCGAUGGUUAUUCAAAAACAAGAAGAACAAGGUGGGAUUUUAAAGCGUGAUAAUAAAUUUAGUAAUUAUUAUUGGAAUAAAUUCGGGUAUGAUGUUGCUACCAGGGACUACAAAGUGGUAUCGCUUUGGAGUCGGAUUGUAGGACCUACCAAGACAAAUUGGGUGUGUGAGAUCUUUAGCUUGAGAGACAAGUCAUGGCGACUCAUCGAUGCAGUCCCAUCAGUUCUUCCCUUCUACCUACUAAGAUCUGUUUAUGCAAAUGGUUCCAUAUACUGGUUUCGUGCUGACGGUACACCGUUGAUUGUUGAAUUAAAUUUUGUUACCGAAAAGUUUAGAGAAAUCUCAGUUCCCAGUCCUGUCAUCACUGGUUUCUGCAAUCAAUACAAGACUGCUUUAGUGGAAGUGGAUGGCCGUUUAGCUCUAUUUACCAAGGAUGUACGCCCUAGUUACAAUUACAUAUUGAGAAAGAAGGAACAUGAGGAUGACGUGAAGAUGUAUGUAUUGUAUGAUGAUCAAGACAGUACAAAGAACAGUACUGCUACUUGCAGUACUAAUUAUCACUGGAUGCCGGUGUCCUUCGCAAAGCCACCUUUUGAUUGGAAGCAAGAUAUGUUUCCGAGAGAUGAUUUUAUUAUACCCAUUCCAGGAACAGACAUAUUCAUCGUAAGACCGGAUGACGAUUUCUCCUUCUACUAUUACAAUUGGAAGAAGAAGAGCUAUAGCAGGAAGUUUGAAUUAAAUGGAACCAAGUCUUUCUUCAAUAAGAAAUCCAAUAAUGGAGAACGUGAUCAUAUCAGCUUCUCUACUUUCACGGAAAACCUCAUGCCGCUAAAUUAA